CCGUGCUUUCAGCUGCAUCUGUCCCAGCUCUGCUGCACCAUGGGCGGCAUCAGGCCUGUUCACUGGGCCCUGAUCCUGGCUCACAUACUCCUACUGCAAAUUCAACCCAUCAAGGUCCAGGGAGCAGAUCCAGUGUCACAGAAACUGCGACGGCUCAAUGAACAGUUCCAGCAGUUCCAGGCCCUGACGCAGGCCCGCUUGGAUAUGCUGACCCUGAUCCAGAACCGCAACUCCUCUGGGGGGUUGGAGAGUCGUGUUCAGGCCCUGAAUGACCAUUACCACCACAUGUCACAUGAUCUUGAACAUCUCAAACAGAGUACAACUCAGGAGUUAGGCAGUCUCAGAGAGUGGAAUAAGAAGCUUGAGAAGAAGAACAAACGGAUGGAGGGUCGUAUGGCUUUAAUAGAGAGGAACUUGAGGGACAACUGUCGACAAUUCCAGAAACAGAAACCUGAUCUUGGUCAAGAUUUUUCUAACCUCACCUUGGAGCUCCAGAACCAAGAGGAAAGGUUGGCGGCCCUGCAAAUCCAACGUGAUGAGCUGCUCAUCGGCCUGAAAGGUUUACAGGAUUCCUUAAAAAAACAGGAGCUUCGUGUGAUCCAACUGGAGGGGCGGCUCACCUCAGCCCCGGACAUGACCUCAGCCGACACAUGCAGCAUCCCCAGUCUCAGAUCCAGCUGCCGGCUCAAACGCGGGCCCUACCCAGUCACGCAAGAACAGCUGCUUCCUAAACCUUAUGGCGCCACCCAGCAUGGAGUCCUGCAAGACAGAAAAACCCAGGUCCAACUCCAUCCUAAACCCACUAAAGAGAUUUGCAACGUGGACUCCAUGCUGUUCUUCCCCUCUGCCUCUGAACAGAACUACGUCACCUUCUCCUUAAGUCUCCCCAACCUUCCUGAACUUUCUAUGUGUCUGUGGCUCCGUGUGGACACCUCUCAUGUGGGCACGUUGCUCUCCUACGCCACUCAUGACAAUGACAACCAGUUAGUUUUGUAUGGGCGUAACUCCUCUGUCUCGUCUACAUCCUUCUCUGCUUCUUCCUCAUCAUCCCAUCUUUCCUAUUCUUCUCUUUUCGCACCAAAAUCCUUCCCCUCCCUGGACUUUGUCAUUGGAGACCCCGUCUUUCGGCGUCUUCCCAUCUCCUCUCUUAUGGACUCCAGGUGGCAUCAUCUCUGCGUCGUCUGGUCCUCCAUUCAGGGUCGUUUCUGGCACUACAAUAACCGCCGCCUCGCCUCCACAGGCUCCGACUUCAGGAAGGGCUGGGAGAUUCCUGGAGGUGGAUCAGUGGUGCUGGGGCAGGAGCAGGACUCUGUAGGCGGGGGGUUUGACAGGGCAGAGGGUUUUGCUGGACAAAUGGCAGGGUUCAGAAUAUGGGACCGGGUGCUGAGUCCUUCUGAGGUGGAAGGGGUGGCAGAAGGCCGAGGGGUGCCCAGAGGGGUGGUGCUUGGCAUGGAGGACAUAAAACAGGUACAUGGGGAGGUGCAGCAGGUGGCAUGUGAAUGUUUAGAGCACUGUCUCUGAUUAACCCAUAACAGAAGAGUCAGGAUUCUAUGGGCCUGUAUAAUUCACUACAAACCCAAACCUAGACAAA